CGGUGGCUGGAUCAGCUCAAGCCUCCAGGGCCCUGUGGCUGAGGGGCUGAGUGCUCAUUCCAGCUGCCUCGGGGAACCUGGGCUGGGAGACCCCAUGACUGGGGGUGAGCCUGGAGCCAGGGCAGUGCGGUGUGUGAUGAGCUGCUGGCCCAGGCUACACCCCGACAAGGGACAUCAGGGGCCCUGGGAGCAGAGGGACCUGGGAGCAGCCUCCUCCUGCCUCCUGUGGAUGGCCGGCCCCAGCUGGUGAUCCCAGCCAGUCCCAGCUUUCAGUUGCUGCCCGCACCGACGGUCCUCAGUCCUACCAUGAUGGUUCCCCCGACAGCCGGCCCCCUUCCUGGCCCAGCUCUUCCGCCUGAGGACCCAGGGCCGGAUCUGGAGAGCAGGUGGCUUUUCCUGAGCGCCAACAUUCUGCCCGUGGUGGAGCGGUGCAUGGGUGCCAUGCAAGAGGGGAUGCAGAUGGUGAAGCUGCGUGGUGGCUCCAAGGGCCUGGUCCGCUUCUACUACCUGGACGAGCACCGCUCCUGCAUCCGCUGGAGGCCCUCACGCAAGAACGAGAAGGCCAAGAUCUCCAUCGACUCCAUCCAGGAGGUGAGUGAGGGGCGGCAGUCGGAGGUCUUCCAGCGCUACCCUGACGGCAGCUUCGACCCCAACUGCUGCUUCAGCAUCUACCACGGCAGCCACCGCGAGUCGCUGGACCUGGUCUCCACCAGCAGCGAGGUGGCACGCACCUGGGUCACUGGCCUGCGCUACCUCAUGGCCGGCAUCAGCGACGAGGACAGCCUGGCUCGCCGCCAGCGCACCAGGGACCAAUAUCCUUGGUGGCUGAAGCAGACAUUUGACGAGGCCGACAAGAAUGGGGACGGCAGCCUGAGCAUCGGCGAGGUCCUGCAGCUGCUGCACAAGCUCAACGUGAACCUGCCCCGGCAGAGGGUGAAGCAGAUGUUCAGGGAAGCGGACACGGAUGACCACCAAGGGACGCUGGGUUUUGAAGAGUUCUGUGCCUUCUACAAGAUGAUAUCCACCCGCCGGGACCUCUACCUGCUCAUGCUGACCUACAGCAACCACAAGGACCACCUGGAUGCCGCCAGCCUGCAGCGCUUCCUGCAGGUGGAGCAGAAGAUGACGGGUGUGACCCUCGAGAGCUGCCAGGACAUCAUCGAGCAGUUUGAGCCAUGCCCAGAAAACAAGAGUAAGGGGCUGCUGGGCAUUGAUGGCUUCACCAGCUACACCAGGAGCCCUGCUGGUGACAUCUUCAACCCUGAGCACCACCACGUGCACCAGGACAUGACGCAGCCACUGAGCCACUACUUCAUCACCUCGUCCCACAACACCUACCUCGUGGGUGACCAGCUCAUGUCCCAGUCACGGGCGGACAUGUACGCUUGGGUCCUGCAGGCUGGCUGCCGCUGCGUGGAGGUGGACUGCUGGGAUGGGCCCGACGGGGAGCCCAUCGUGCACCAUGGCUACACUCUGACCUCCAAGAUCCUCUUCAAAGACGUCAUUGAAACCAUCAACAAAUACGCCUUCAUCAAGAACGAGUACCCAGUGAUCCUGUCCAUCGAGAACCACUGCAGUGUCAUCCAGCAGAAGAAAAUGGCCCAGUAUCUGACCGACAUCCUUGGGGACAAGCUGGACCUGUCAUCAGUGAGCAGUGAAGAUGCCACCACACUCCCCUCUCCACAGAUGCUCAAGGGCAAGAUCCUCGUGAAGGGGAAGAAGCUCCCAGCCAACAUCAGCGAGGAUGCGGAGGAAGGCGAGGUGUCUGAUGAGGACAGCGCUGAUGAGAUUGACGAUGACUGCAAGCUCCUCAAUGGGGAUGCAUCCACCAAUCGAAAGCAUGUAGAAAACAUUGCUAAGAGGAAACUGGAUUCCCUCAUCAAGGAGUCGAAGAUUCGGGACUGUGAGGACCCCAACGACUUCUCCGUCUCCACACUGUCCCCAUCUGGAAAACUCGGACGCAAGAGCAAGGCUGAAGAGGACGUGGAGUCUGGGGAGGAUGCCGGGGCCAGCAGACGCAAUGGCCGCCUCGUCGUGGGAAGCUUCUCCAGGCGCAAGAAGAAGGGCAGCAAGCUGAAGAAGGCGGCCAGCGUGGAGGAGGGAGAUGAGGGUCAGGACUCCCCGGGAGGCCAGAGCCGAGGGGCGACCCGGCAGAAGAAGACCAUGAAGCUGUCCCGGGCCCUCUCUGACCUGGUGAAGUACACCAAGUCCGUGGCCACCCACAACAUAGAGAUGGAGGCAGCGUCCAGCUGGCAGGUGUCGUCCUUCAGCGAGACCAAGGCCCACCAGAUUCUGCAGCAGAAGCCAGCGCAGUACCUGCGCUUCAACCAGCACCAGCUCUCCCGCAUCUACCCCUCCUCCUACCGCGUGGACUCCAGCAACUACAACCCGCAGCCCUUCUGGAACGCCGGCUGCCAAAUGGUUGCCCUGAACUACCAGUCAGAGGGGCGGAUGCUGCAGCUGAACCGAGCCAAGUUCAGCGCCAACGGUGGCUGCGGCUACGUACUCAAGCCUGGGUGCAUGUGCCAGGGCGUGUUCAACCCCAACUCGGAGGACCCCCUGCCCGGGCAGCUCAAGAAGCAGCUGGUGCUCCGGAUCAUCAGUGGCCAACAGCUUCCGAAGCCGCGCGACUCCAUGCUGGGGGACCGCGGGGAGAUCAUCGACCCCUUUGUGGAGGUGGAGAUCAUCGGGCUCCCCGUGGACUGUAGCCGGGAGCAGACCCGCGUGGUGGACGACAACGGGUUCAACCCCACCUGGGAGGAGACCCUGGUGUUCACGGUGCACAUGCCGGAGAUCGCGCUGGUCCGCUUCCUCAUCUGGGACCACGAUCCCAUCGGGCGUGACUUCAUUGGCCAGAGGACGCUGGCCUUCAGCAGCAUGAUGCCAGGCUACAGGCACGUGUACCUGGAGGGGAUGGAAGAGGCCUCCAUCUUUGUACAUGUGGCUGUCAGUGACGUCAGCGGUAAGGUCAAGCAGGCUCUGGGCCUAAAAGGCCUCUUCCUCCGAGGCCCAAAGCCCGGCUCACUGGACAGUCAUGCUGCUGGGCGGCCCCUGGCCCGGCCCUCCGUUAGCCAGCGGCUCCUGCGGCGCACGGCCAGCGCCCCGACCAAGAGCCAGAAGCCAGGCCGCAAGGGCUUCCCGGAGCUGGUCCUGGGCGCACAGGACGCAGGCUCCAAGGGGGUGGCAGACGACGUGGUGCCCCCUGGGCCCGGACCUGCUCCGGAAGCCCCAGCCCAGGAGGGGCCUGGCAGCGGCAGCCCCCGAGACACCCGCCCCCUCUCCACGCAGCGGCCGCUCCCCGCACUGUGCAGCCUGGAAACCAUUGCUGAGGAGCCCGCCCCAGGCCCUGGCCCCCCGCCACUAGCGGCCGUCCCCACCAGCUCUUCUCAGGGACGGCCCCCAUACCUCACAGGACCCGGAGCCAAUGUGGCAAGCCCCCCAGAAGACACCGAGGAACCCCGAGACAGUGGGCCUCGGCCGUGCAACGGCAAGGGCCCCGGUGGGGCAUACGAGGGGGCUCCUGGCAGCCAGACGGACGGCAGGAGCCAGCCCCGGACCCCGGGCCACCUGCCCGUGAUUAGAAGGGUGAAGAGUGAGGGGCAGGUGCCCACGGAGCCCCUGGGAGGAUGGCGGCCCCUGGCCAGUCCCUUCCCAGCCCCUGCUGUGUACUCCGACGCCACGGGCAGUGACCGGCUGUGGCAGCGGCUGGAGCCAUGUGGCCCCCGAGACAGCGUUUCCUCCUCCUCCAGCAUGUCAUCCAGUGACACUGUCAUUGACCUCUCCCUGCCCAGCCUGGGCCUGGGCCGCAGCCGUGAGAGCCUCGCAGGAGCCCACAUGGGACGCCUGCCUCCCAGGCCCCACUCGGCUUCAGCCGCCCGCCCAGACCUGCCACCUGUGACCAAGAGCAAAUCCAACCCCAACCUGCGGGCUACGGGUCAGCGGCCUCCCAUGCCUGAUGAACUGCGGCCCAGGCCCCUGGCCCCACGGAUGCCUGGCCUCCCUCUCCGGCCUCCCUGGGGCUGCCUUUCCCUGGUGGGCCUGCAGGACUGCCCAGUGGCUGCCAAGUCCAAGAGCCUGGGGGACCUCACUGCUGAUGACUUUGCCCCUAGCUUUGAGGGCGGCUCCCGCAGCCUUAGCCACAGCCUGGGCCUCCCGGGAGGGACACGGCGGGUGUCGGGGCCGGGGGUGAGACGGGACGCCCUGACAGAGCAGCUGCGCUGGCUCACAGUCUUCCAGCAGGCAGGAGACAUCACGUCACCCACCAGCCUGGGCCCGGCUGGGGAGGGGGUGGCAGGGGGUCCUGGUUUUCUGCGGCGCUCCUCCUCCCGCAGCCAGAGCCGCGUGCGUGCCAUUGCCAGCCGGGCCCGCCAGGCCCAGGAGCGGCAGCAGAGACUGCAGGGCCUGGGACGGCAGGGACCCCCAGAAGAGGAGCGGGGCACCCCCGAGGGCGCCUGCUCCGUGGGCCACGAGGGCAGUGUGGAUGCGCCAGCACCCUCCAAGGGAGCCCCGGGGCCAGCAUCCGCGGCCGCUGAAACCCUGGUCCUGCUCCGCCUCUGACCCUGUCAGUGGUGGGAACCUGGGCGGCUCUGGAGGCCCAGGGCAGGGGUGGGCGUGUUGUGUUUGCUCAGGAAACAGGGCAGCCAGGCCCCCAAAACUGUGUGUCCCUGGCUACCCUGUGUCCCCUCGGCCCCUGCCCCCCUCCUGCCCCGCUCCCAGGGAGGAAAGGCUAAAGCUGCUGGCCCGGGGCCCACAGGAGGGGCUUCGAGGCUGGCCCCGCCAGGCAGUCUUCCCAGCGUUUUAGGAUCUAUACAUAGAGAAAUAUUUAAAUUUUUAGAAGCAAAACUUAU